AUGGUGAUUCCCCGCAACGGUUUACCGCCUCAUCGUAGCUGGGAGGUGUUCCAGGGCGUCGGACUGCGAUGCACAGCGGGACGAUUCGUCCCUCCGGUGUCCACCAACGGCGGUGGAGAUGCUUCACGUGUGGGAGCCGAUCGGGAUCGAGAAGAGUCACCAGAACCGCCUAGUUCCACAGAAAGUAACGCCGCCUAUACUUUUCCACCGACUCAGGAUCUUCAAGAUGCAUUUCAUUUCACACCGAAUACCUCACCACAACUGGUUAUGAGCGCUAAUAGUGCGAAAGCGUUCACGAUCGUUCCCCUUACGGUUCACUCGAAGACUUUACCACCAAUAAUGAACUCCGAACAAGGCACCAGUAGAGGGGAACGAGCAUCAUCGGCUAGUGCACUGGAAGGACGUAUAGGACCCGUACGGAUGGUGAAUCAAGGUCAAGUCGUUAAUCUAGUGCAGGUAAGGACGCGAGCGAUGAGUACGACGGGCAUUCGUGCUGCCACCUUACGCAAAACCACCGAACGACCACCAAGUCAACCUGUUCCCAUAGAGGGAACUAACGGUGCUACCGACGUCGUCUGA